GUACCUCCUAGUCUGCAGCCAUGUCACAUUUAGAGGACACCAUCCGUCACCUGCAUCCAGACGACACCGGGGUCAUCCCCGGAAAAUCCGAGAAAGCGCCCUCUCGUCGCUUGACCGCAUCUUCCGAUUCUGCCUUGGAUAUCCAGCACGGCACUGUUUUGGGUAGCGAAGUCCAUGCGGGACUGCAGCGUAGACUCGGUAAUCGACAGAUACAGCUUGUUGCCAUUGGCGGUUCUAUUGGGACAGCUUUAUUCGUGACUAUCGGAGACGCCCUCCGUAAAUCAGGCCCCGGUAGUCUUUUGCUAGCCUUUUCAGUCUACAAUGUCAUGCUCGCCUUGGUCAACAACUGCAUGGCAGAAAUGUCAACAUAUAUGCCCGUGAGCGGUGGGUUCAUCUAUCUGGCCAGCAAAUGGGUUGACGACGCGGUGGGCUUCAUGGUCGGCUGGAACUUCUUCCUCUAUGAGGCCAUCAUGAUCCCCUUCGAAAUCACAGCGAUCACGCUGGUCUUGUCCUUCUGGCGUAACGAUAUCCCGCCUGCGGCUGUCUGCAUUGCUUGUAUUGUAAUCUACGCUUGCCUGAAUGUUCUGGUCGUCAAAGGUUAUGGCGAAUCCGAGUUCUGGCUUUCAGGCGGGAAAGUCAUCCUGAUAUUUAUCCUAUUCGCCUUCACCUUUGUCACCAUGGUAGGAGGUAACCCGCAGAACGACGCCUUCGGAUUUCGUCAUUGGCGCCAUCCAGGCCCGUUCGCGGAAUAUCUACACUCAGGCGACCUUGGACGAUUCGAAGGAUUUUUGGCCGCGCUCUGGACCGCUUCCUACACUUGUGUUGGUCCCGAGUACAUUUCGAUGGUCGCUGCCGAAGCCAAGCACCCUCGCAUCUACAUUAAGAACGCAUUUAAGACCGCCUACUGGCGCUUUGGGGUGUUUUUUGUGGGAAGCGCCCUCUGCUGUGGGGUCCUAGUCGCCUACAAUGACCCAACUCUGGUCGCAGUGUAUACCGGUGAGUCUGAUGGCGCAGGAAGUGCUGCUGCAUCUCCAUAUGUUUUGACCUGGCUUAUAAACCUGUUGACGGCAGCUGCCAUCAUUGAUUAUAUCGUUAUGUGUUUGACAUAUAUCUGGUUUUACCGGGCUUGCAAAACGCAAGGCUUCGACCGUUCCAAACUUCCUUACAGGGGCUGGUUUCAGCCCUGGAGUGCCAUUAUCGGUCUUCUGUGGAUGGCGAUGGUUGUCACCUGCUACGGAUAUACUAGCUUUACGCCGUGGGAUGUCACCACCUUUUUCACACACUAUACCAUGCUGCUAUUUGGACUCAUUACCUUCGCCUCAUGGAAGCUCAUCAAGCGCACCAGACUCUUGCGUCCAGACGAAGUUGACCUUACUUGGGAUGCCCCCCAUAUUACCGCAUACGAGGAAGCCGCCAAGAUCAACGAUCCUCCUAUCGGGUUCUGGACUGAGCUCGUUCUGCCAUUUAGGUCUGGACGGAAGAACGCUCCAGGACAGUCAGAACCUACGGUUUAA